GAUUUACCUUUUUGUUAGAGCUUUUGACUUAGCUCAAAACUUAACCAAGCCAUUAGUCGGGGGUAACAAAAUUACUCUAUUGGUUACUGUUACUGUGCUGGUUUGUUUGUUUAUCCCACAUGCAGGGGAAGUGACACACAGAAGCGUCGGUUCUCUUGGUCCACAGCCCCCACAUUCUUUCCUGCGGGGCGGUGAUGGAGAUGUGUGUUUGCCCGUGGGGUGGGGGUAGUUAGGCCUAUGUUAUGAUCCUUCCAGUUCUCCCAGGGAAGGAGGAAAAGUUAAUGGGUGGGAGAGAGAGUCUCUUUGUGGGAGAUGGCUACUGUUGCUACACUGUGCGAAUUAGUUUUAACUCUGUUGUAAUGAGUACCAAGGCUGGUCAGUAAGUGACCGACCCCUUUUUCACCUUUUGUUUUAGAACAUCGACUUUAAUUGGAAAAUUAAAAACCUGCUGAUUUUUAAUAAGUAAAAAAAAAUAAAUCAACACGUUUCGUUUACUUUCGCAAUUAUUUCUUGUGAUAUGAAUGACAUUUGCCCACAGAUAGUAAAAGAUGUUGAACUAUAUCUGUUGGAAUAUCUUUUAAAAUUAAAAAUACCUAAUUUUAAAGCCUAGUAUAUAUUUAUGAAGAAUAUUUGGUAUCCCUAAAAUAUAUAAGAAGAAAAAUAUCACAAAGAUUAUAAUAAGAAUGAUUUAGAAUUAGAAAGAUGUGAGGCCGGUUCAAGAAAACAUUUUUCAUCAAAAAUCAGACCUGAUUUGUGACAUUCCUAAUAGCUACUUUUGAGGAGGGCGUGGAGAGAUGUGCUCAGUAUAAUUUUUGGAAUAAUUUUAUAUUUAUUCCUAAACUUUGCUCCGACUGUAUUCUUAGCUAAGAUAAAUUAUCUUCAUAUUUUGUAUACGUUAGCCUUUAUAAUUACACAAAAGAUGAAAAUUAUAUUUAUGGGCAUUGAAGAAAGAUGAUAUCAAAUAAAUUGCAUGACUUUGGCAUAGAUUCUUAGAGUGUAUAGACACUUGCUUUCAGGGAGCUUGUAUUUCUGGAUAUGCAUCAGGUAUAAGUAGUUCUUAGGAUGGAGGACAGAAAGGUUAAUUUUAAUGUUGAUACAUAUGAGACUUUUUUGGGGGAUCUUAGAAAAUGAUUAUGUUUACUGCUGAUUUAUUGUGCUCAUUGACCUGCCAUUCAUCAACUUAAAAAUUAAUACAUUAUGUAAUUAUUGGCAUUUUCAUUAUUAGAUUUGCAGGAAUUAACUAUUAACAAAAUCUUCAACUCAUGAAAAUCAUUUAUUCCUUCAAAUAAAAGGGCUGGGAUUAGAAUCAAGGGAUAAUUAAUUCAAUCUGGACUUUUACUCCGUAGAAGGGACCUUUACUAUGUGGUAAGGAUGGAAGCGUGGGUAGAAUAUGAAGAUGAAAUGAGACCCAGUAGCUGCCUUCAAGGGAGAAGCAGACAUUCACAGAAAUAAUUGCAACACAAGACUCCUGUGGGUUUUACCAGAGCUCUCUAUCAAAAUCAACUCACAUCAUUGAGAAGAUAAUUUUGAUGACAUGUUUUGCUGAAAAGACAACUGAGAAAAAUUUUACGAAUGGGAUGAACACGUGCCGGUUGAUUGACUACCUACUGCAAUUUGAAUGUUAGCAUUACCCACCUGGUACAGUUACCUAGUGAUGUACCUGUUCUCACAAUACCCUAUUUCAGUGUGCUUGUCUUGAUUAAAGAAUUCAAAGUGGAGUACCGCAAACUUGAUAUGGAUAAUAAAAAGAAAGACAAGGACAAAUCAGAUGAUAGAAUGGCACGACCUAGUGGUCGGUCGGGACACAACACUCGAGGAACUGGGUCUUCGUCCUCUGGAGUUUUAAUGGUUGGACCCAACUUUAGAGUUGGAAAAAAAAUUGGAUGUGGCAAUUUUGGAGAAUUACGAUUAGGGAAAAAUUUAUACACAAAUGAAUAUGUGGCAAUUAAACUGGAGCCUAUGAAAUCCAGAGCACCACAGCUACAUUUGGAAUACAGAUUCUACAAGCAGUUAGGAUCUGGAGAUGGUAUACCUCAAGUUUACUAUUUUGGCCCUUGUGGUAAAUACAAUGCUAUGGUGCUGGAACUGCUAGGACCUAGUUUGGAAGACUUGUUUGAUUUGUGUGACAGAACUUUUUCUCUUAAAACGGUUCUCAUGAUAGCUAUCCAACUGAUUUCUCGCAUGGAAUAUGUCCAUUCAAAGAACUUGAUAUACAGAGAUGUAAAACCUGAGAACUUCUUAAUAGGACGACCAGGAAACAAAACCCAGCAAGUUAUACAUAUUAUAGAUUUUGGUUUGGCAAAGGAAUAUAUUGAUCCGGAGACAAAGAAACACAUACCAUACAGAGAACACAAGAGCCUUACAGGAACAGCUAGAUAUAUGAGCAUAAACACACAUUUAGGAAAAGAACAAAGUAGAAGAGAUGACUUAGAAGCUUUAGGUCAUAUGUUCAUGUAUUUUCUGAGAGGCAGUCUUCCUUGGCAAGGUUUAAAGGCUGACACGUUAAAAGAGAGGUAUCAGAAAAUUGGAGAUACAAAACGAGCCACACCGAUCGAAGUGUUAUGUGAAAAUUUUCCAGAAGAAAUGGCAACAUAUCUUCGUUAUGUAAGAAGACUAGAUUUUUUUGAAAAACCGGACUAUGACUACCUAAGAAAGCUUUUUACUGACUUGUUUGAUCGAAAAGGAUAUAUGUUUGAUUAUGAGUAUGACUGGAUUGGUAAACAGUUGCCGACUCCAGUGGGUGCAGUUCAGCAAGAUCCUGCUCUAUCAUCAAACAGAGAAGCACAUCAGCACAGAGAUAAGAUACAACAGUCCAAAAACCAGUCGGCAGACCACAGGGCAGCUUGGGACUCCCAGCAGGCAAAUCCCCACCAUUUGAGAGCUCACCUUGCAGCAGACAGACAUGGUGGCUCGGUACAGGUUGUAAGUUCUACAAAUGGAGAGUUAAACACAGAUGAUCCUACUGCAGGACGUUCAAAUGCACCCAUCACAGCCCCUACAGAAGUAGAAGUGAUGGAUGAAACCAACUGCCAGAAAGUGUUGAACAUGUGGUGCUGCUGUUUUUUCAAACGAAGGAAAAGGAAAACCAUACAGCGCCACAAAUGACUCUGGACACAGACAGAUCAUGGGGAGUUACUUACGUGUUCAUCUGCUGUCUUGUGACUAAAAUCAUCUCUGUAGUGACCACAUAUAUUUUCAAGGACUCACUCUUAGAAACAAAAAUGUCAUACUUUCAUACUUCAUUUUGUGGUUGUCUUACAUUCAUAUUUUUUCGAAUUUAACUUUUAUGGAAGCUUUAAAGUUUUGUCAAAACAUGAGUGCUUUGCCCAUCAGUGAAUGGAAUGGACCAAUGAGGUGGUAUUGGUGAAUACAGUUCUAUAGAACAUUUUCAGAAGCUCUCCUCCUGUUGUAGAAAGCAGUACAGUAUCUUCAGUGUCAACCAGUUAUCUACCGAAUCUGGCUUUUUAUAACUUCUGUAAGAGCAUAAUCAAACAGGAAUUUUCUCCCCAGUGGAUAACGCAACAGAGAAAACAGAGUUGCCCACAUAUCUAAAAGAAGUUAUUCCUUGAGAAGUUCGUUUUUUGUGUGACAUCUGCAUUGAUUUCAGUCUUACUGAUGGUACUGCUGUUCAUGAGGCAUCUUAACAUUCUCUCUCUGAAAUCAUGGUACAGCCACUGCCCAGAGGUACUGAGGAAAAAGCUCUGUGGGUUCGGCGGAUGGUAGUAGUAAAAUGAAUUGCGAGUAGUGUGGUAAAUAUGAGCUCUGCUUUUGUUGCACCACUAUGUGAAGUACAGUGUUGCCGAAGUGGCAAAAGCGCUUAUUUUAAAAAAUGCAAAAUAUUUGUAUAAUGUAACUUUUUGCUUCCAGAUAAUAAUGUAUGUUAGACAGCAAGAAAUGAAUACUUCAAGAAAUAAGACAUGUUGGAGUUUAAAAAAAAAAAUACACUAAGGAGAAGAAAUAAAUGUGAAUCUCAUUGCAAUGUGUAAAGUUGAAGUCUAAGGAGAUCCCACUGAAACCUACUGCUGAAUGAUUACGUUCUCCUUAAGCAGAAAACUUUCGAUGUGCCAUGUAAUGGUGUCUGUUUAUUAAUUAUUUGCUCUUUGAUAAAAAAGAAAGACCCCCAGCAAUAAAAACUGGGUCACUCUAUUGCCCUCUGUGCACAUUAGUCUCUUGUAUUCAACUUUGCUGGUUCUCGGGAAUUUUCCUACUUUUUAGCAGAAUUUUGAUGAUUGAAAACUAUUUUGGAGAGGAGGGAUCAGGUGCUUUGCCUCCGUAGUCUUUUGAAGUGCCUGCAUACGAACAAAGCGACGGUUCUGUAAACAAGGAAACCCAGUCCACUUUUCAAGUAUGCUUUGUUUUAAACCAUAAAGACACAGGUGUACUUUGUCACAUCCUACUAGCCAGGAUUUUCAAGAAGAGUUACAACAAAAAGACUGGCUAGAAAUACAGUUAUGUUGCCCAAUCUCAUAUCCAACUUUCAUUUAUAAAAUGGUUACUUACUCCUUCCGUGCAGCCCCUUCUUUGUCUUUAAGUGCCUGCCUCCAGGCGUGCUUAUUUAUUUUUAUUGUCUCAAGGUAACAUUUAAAAUGUGUAAUUAAAGUAAAUAAAUCUACAUUUUUGACUUCAUUAUUGCAUUUACAGGGAUUUAAUUGUGCUUUGUAAUUUAUUUUUCUUAUUAGCCAAAAGCAGUGCAUUGUUUUUGAUGAAUUAGGCACCCAUAUGAAUACUGUAAAUCAAGACAUUGUUCAUCAUUGUUGCUCUGAAUCCUAUGAAUGAUCUUUUUAAGUUCUUGAUUUUAAAGACCUACACUCAGCCUAGAAAACAUUUGCUGUAUAAUUUGGUCAACAGAGUCCAUUCUAUCUAUUUGUAUACUGUCAUGAUGUCUUAAACUACAGGAGUUACAUACUGAGUUUUUAUUUUUGUUUGCUUUGAGCAAGGUAGAUGGAUGUUUUGGCCAUUAUAAUGUGAAACCACUUCUUUCUUUACAGUAUUUGACCAAAUUUGUGUGUCUAUGAUAUUUGUAAAUACAUGCAAUAUCUGUAUUUCUUAUCAUAAGCCUAUUUAGUUUUAUUCUCAGUAGGGUUUUUGGACUGUACAGUGUUUAUAUGAUCUGAACUCCUUAUACAUAAGAAGGUGUGUAUAUUAAUCCAAUUAUGGACUUAAAAUAUUUUAAAAGUAUAAAUACCCUUAUUUGCUGCAAAGACCAGUGUGUAGACAUUUGCUUUUUAGCAAUAUUUUUAAGUGCUCCAUUUUAAUGCCAAGGAAUAAGUCUUUUGGCAACACAAACUGGUCAAUAAUAGGUAAUGCAGGUAUGUUCAGGUUAAGCCCAACAAUGUUUUGCAUUUUUAUGCUUCUUUUCUGUCAACACUAAUGAAGUCAACAUUGCCUGAAUGUCUGAAUAAUGAAACACAUCCCUGUUUAAAAGUAUGUAACUGAAAAAGAAAUAAAAAAUAAAGGUAGUUUUUUUAAACUUGCUCUUUCCCCUUUCCUCUAAUCAUGGGUAAAAUAAUGCCACUCACUAAUUUAAGAUCGGGAUUUUAAAAAUUCAGUUCAUUUAGUUUAGUGUGUGUGAGAAGCAGAGCUAGAGGAAUAUGCUUUUGUGUUUUCAUUUUUGUCUUGUUGGAACCCCAUUGUGAAGAGCACAUACCAGGAAGGAUCUAAUCUUUCUAUAAUGAAAGUUUAAAAAAAUUUUUUGUUACACUUCUCUGAACUACUUAGUAGAGCAAUUAAUUAAAACUGAUGCCACUAAUAAACCAAGGGAAAAGGAAUCAUUUUAUUCCUUUUGAAAAAUGAAGUCCUACUAUUAUGUUCACAGAAAUGAAACAUUAUUAAUCCAACUUUAAGUGAAUGACUUUAACAUCAUUGCAGAUGGAGAGCGUUUACCUGUGACAGUAUGUCACAGUUUCAUCAUGCUAGGUGCUUUAAGGGAUUUUACAAAAUGGUUUUAAUGGCUCUGCUUCCUGAAAGAUGCUACAGGUAAGAUAAGGCGAAGCAGCACACACUAAGCCCAUGAAUAGUGUGUCCACUAAGCACCAGCAUUAAGAAACUAUAGAAGGAUCUGGAGAUGAAACAUAACAUGGGUUAAACUUACAUUGAAAGGCUCUAUCUAGGAAAAUCUGACUUAAGAUUGGGGUUCAAUCUGAAUGAUUGUAUAGUUGCAUUAGUCAGCAGCCUUUGAAGUGCAGGUGAUAGCAGCCUAACUUCGCUUAAGCAAUAGGGGUGUACAUUAUGGCAUUUAACUACGAAGUCCAGUGGUAGAGCUGGCUUCAGACAUGCUUAAUGAUGUUGCAGAGUCAGGAAUCUGCCUUUGCCUGUAUCUCUGAGUUUUGUUUUCUACCCUGCUAUUUUCAUUGUCAGGGAGAUGUUUCAUGUGUGUUGGUGAAGUGGCCACCCAGCAGCUUCAGACUUCUACCCUACUGUCUUAGAACCUCCGCCAAAACAGAGCGCCAUUUCUCUCACCAGUUCCAAUAAAAUGCUAAGACUGACGUUUAUUCUUUCAUUGCUUCCGUGCCCACCCCUGAGCCAAUUACUAUGCCCAAGGGAUUGCUGUUCUCCCAACGGCUGAGCCUGAGUCCUCGGUCCAUCUUCAGAAGACACAUGGGACUGAGAAAUGAGGUAGAAAGGUUGUUACCCAAAAGGAAAUGAGGGUAUUGGUAUCAGAAGGAGAGUGAAUGGAUGCUGCACAGGCAAAAUCAAUAGAUAUCCACUAUUAUGAUGAGAAAAAAUAGAGCAUAAAGGCAAACCUAAUUGUUUUAAACUAGAACACAUUAUCAUUAAUAUUUUGAAACUUUAAUAAAUCUGAAUAUAUUAUUAGAAAUCACAUACAGGGAAUGAGUACAUUUGAAAAAUGUUUUGAGCUCAGGUAAAAAGGGAGUUCAUAAGUACCUUAUUUGACAUAUUUUUGUUUUUAGCUUUUCAGGGUUUUGGUGAUAGGACUGGAUUAGUAGAGUUAAAAGCUAAUUUUUCUGGUAGAAAACAAAUAAAUCGAAUAUAAAACUGUGCUGAUGUUCAGGUUAACUAGUUUCUUCUCUGCUAGCUCUAAUAUAGAACCACAUGUUAUUUUCUUAGGAAGUUUACUUCCUUACAAUACAUGGAUCAUAACCAAAGAAGGGACUGCAUAUAGAAGUAUUAGCAGGUAAUAUUGCUAGGAUCUGAAAAUGGUUUUGUUAGAAAGAACAAUUGUUCACGGUUUACCACAGCGUGAUUUUACUUAAAUGGAAAAACUCUCCUGCACUGCUCUAGACUAGGAGUUAGCAAAAUUUUUUUGUAAAGUUUAGGUUUUGUGGACGAAGAGGCAAAACUGAGGCUUCUAUAUACCUGUGUGAUGAGGAACAAAACAAAUUUCCACUAAUUUUGUAUUGAUGAAAUUCAAAAUAUAUAUUAAUGCUUGAGUGCAAAAUUUUUGUAAUACAGGUCUACUAAUGAUGAGUUGAAUUAUUUUGAGGGGACAGUAUUUCACUUAAUUGGGGUUUGAAAUUGAUUGCAAAUGUUCAUCUGUUGUCUGAUCUGUAAUGUGAUUUUAUGUAUUUCAUCUUUGAAAAUGUCUUCACACAAAUAGAUACUACCAAGUACUGUUA